AUGCAACUGGAGUUGAUCAUAGUGUGUCUGCUGGUAAGCUUUCGCUGCUGUCUAGGGCGUAGUCAAGGCAGCUUGAGGAUUAUCAAUGGAUCAGCCGCCAAGCUGAAGCAGUUUCCCUACCAGGUGGCAUUGCAGGUCUAUUUCACCAACUCUGGAGGGGACCCAAGCACCUGUGGUGGCACAAUUAUCUCGCCACGUUGGAUACUAACAGCUGCCCAUUGUUUGCAAGAGCCGAAGACAGUUCUACAAAAGAUACUUGUGAUCGCUGGUGCUGUCAAUUUGACAACACAAAAUUCCCCUGGCUCAGUGCAAAUGUGGAUUAAAAAGAGUGACACUAUCGUUCACCCAAAUUAUGAUCGUGGCAUGGUCGCUUUUGAUAUUGGACUCAUCAAGUUGCCGCGUGAGCUUAAGAUGUCUGACUCCAUAAGAGCCGCCAAGUUGCCCAAACGAAAAGAUAAAGCUUUGUACGUGGGUCGAACGGCAAUUGUCUCCGGCUGGGGCUUAAUGGCUAAGCAGCAAACCACUGAUUUAUUGCAAUAUCUAACUGUAAAGAUAAUUUCGAAUAAGCAGUGCGAACAGGCGUGGAACGAUCAACUGAAAGGCGAUAAGAAACUGAUGCUGAACUCCUUUUUGUGCACCGAUUCCAGCAAAGGAUUGCCCUGCCUUGGUGACUCCGGUGGACCUUUGGUGUUGGACGAUGGAUCACGAACUAUAGUUGGAAUAGUUUCGCAUGGCUACGAUGGGAAGUGUGUCAUCAGGGUACCGGAUAUAUUUACACGCGUCUCUUCGUUUCGUAAUUGGAUUGAGAAAUAUACGGGGCAAUUAGCCUAGUUAGAUAGUUGGGAAUUGAAA